CCCCCUCUGCUGCGACGGGCCAAGGGCCGGGGCAAAGGCAGAGCAGCCCUGGCCAGCCUGUGCCCGUGCUCCUGGGAGGGGCCGUGCCCCGGCACAGGCCCGCCGGCGGGGCAGACCGGGGAUGCUGCCGUAGGGGAUGCCCAUGGUUCUCACCCUCCUCGUCUCCGCCUAUAAACUGUGCCAGUUCUUUGCCAUGUCCUCCUCGGAGCAGCUGUGUGUGCCUCAGGACGCGAGCCCGGCAGGCUGGUGGGCCAGGCUGGGGGGCGCCCGGGAGGUGUCCCCCGGGGUGAGCACGGACGUCCGGGCGGCUCUGGACCGCAUCCUGCCGGAGCUGCGCUUGGCCAUCUCCUCCCUGAAGCAAGCAGCCGGCCCCGCGGAGCUGCGAGGGGCCAUCGCCACCAUCUUCCAGCUGGUGGAGGAGGCCUGGGUGAUACCCACGGUGGGCAGGGAUGUGGCCAAGGCGCUGUGCGAUGUGAUCCGUCUGGAGCGGGGCCUGGACCUGCUGCUGAGCCUGCUCCACAGUGCCGAGCCGGAGACCAAGUGCCACGCCGGGAAGCUCCUGGAGCAGAUCCUGGUGGCGGAGAACAGGGACCGGAUUGCCCGGAUUGGCCUGGGUGUGAUCCUGAACCUGGCCAAAGAGCGAGACAGCCCGCAGCUGGCCCGCAGCGUCUCGGGCAUCCUGGAGCACAUGUUCAAGCAUACUGAGGACACGUGCAGCCAGCUGAUCUCAGAUGGCGGCCUGGACGCCAUCCUGUACUGGUGCCGUGGGACUGAUCCGAUUGUGCUGCGCCACUGCGCCAUGGCCCUGGCCAACUGUGCCAUGUACGGCGGGCAGGCCAACCAGCGGCUCAUGGUGGAGAGGAAGGCGGCCGAGUGGCUCUUCCCGCUGGCCUUCUCCAAGGCGGAUGAGCUGGUGCGCCUGCACGCCUGCCUGGCCAUCGCCGUGCUGGCCACCAACAAAGAGAUCGAGCGGGAGGUGGAGAGCUCGGGCACCCUAGCGCUGGUGGAGCCCUUCGUUGCCUCCCUGGACCCCGAGCAGUUUGCCCACGACCUGCUGGGCAGCAGCGACAACAGCCAGGGCCGUACGGCCAACGACCUGCAACGCCUGGUGCCACUGCUGGACAGCUCGCGGCUGGAGGCCCAGUGCAUCGCCGCCUUCUACCUCUGCACCGAGGCCGCCAUCAAGACCCGGCAGAAGACGACCCAGAUUUUCAACGAGAUUGGGGCUACCCAGAGUCUGAAGCGGCUUGUGUGCUACUCAACUGGCGGCACCGUCUCGGCACUGGCCAAGAAGGCACUGCGCACCAUGGGCGAGGAGGUGCCGUGCCGGAUCCUGCCCCUCGUCCCGAGCUGGAAGCCCCUCGAGGUGCAGACCUGGCUGCAGCAGAUUGGCUUCAACCAGUACUGCCAGCGCUUUCUGGAUCACCAGGUGGACGGAGACCUGCUGCUUAAGCUGACGGAGAUGGACCUGCAAGGGGACCUGGGGAUGGCUUCCAGCAUCACUCGCAAGAGAUUUUUCCGGGAGCUCGUGGAGCUGAAGACGUAUGCGAACUACUGCACCUGCGACCGCAGCAACCUGGCCGACUGGCUGGGCAAUGUGGACCCCAAGUUCCGCCAGUACACGUACAACCUGGUGACCUGCGGCAUCGACCGCAACUUCCUGCACCGCGUGACCGAGCAGCAGCUGCAGGAGGACUGCCAUAUCGACCUGGGCUUCCACCGCGUCCGCAUCCUUUGUGCCGCCAGGGAAAUGCUUCACUCCCCCCUGCCCUGCAGCGGCUGCAAAUCCACCUCCAACGGGCCUGAUGUCUUUAUCAGCUACCGGCGCAGCACAGGGUCGCAGCUAGCCAGCCUGCUGAAGGUCCACCUGCAGCUGCACGGCUUCAGCGCAUUCAUCGACGUGGAGAAGCUGGAAGCUGGGAAGUUCGAAGACAAGCUGAUCCAGAGCGUGAUGAAUGCCCGCAACUUUGUGCUGGUGCUCUCCCCGGGCUCGCUGGACAAGUGCAUGGGAGACCCUGAGUGCAAGGACUGGGUGCACAAGGAGAUUGUGACAGCACUGAACUGUGGGAAGAACAUCGUCCCCGUGACCGACCACUUUGAGUGGCCUGACCCACAGACACUCCCUGAGGACAUGAGGGCCGUGCUCAAAUUCAAUGGCAUCAAGUGGUCCCACGAGUACCAGGACGCCACGAUCGAGAAGAUCAUCCGCUUCCUCCAGGGCCGCUCAUCCCGGGACUCCUCCGCCGGCUCCGAGAACAGCCUGGAGUGCGUGCCACCCCUGGCGCAGACCUAGUGCUGCCCGAGCCACCACCACCAGUUUCCUGGAGGAGCCCUGGCUGCAGGGCCAGAUCUUCCCUCUAAACCUCCCAUUCUCCAGCGCUGCACAGCGCACCCCGCUCUCCUCCUGCACAGGACCCUGCCUGCUCCCUUGGCUUGCGGGACACUGCAAGAGAACAGGCACUUGGCUGGGGGCACCCCCACGCUGGCUCUGCAACACCAGUCCCGGCGUUCCCCGCCUGGUACAAAAGGAGCCAGCCUAGACUGCCAGUGGCCCAGCUGCUGUCCCAGGACAGGGCAGCCUCCUCCCCGCCUUCCUCGGCGCUGACCCACGCCCCCCGGCAUCCCACUCUGGAGGGUGCAGGCACUGCCCAGCUGAGGCUGCAGGGCCAAGAGAGGUGCCCAUGAAGGAAGGGGCUGGGGCGAAGCUGCAGGGAGGAAUCGCUAUGCUGUGCCUACAGACCACUGCCGGCAGGCUCCAUCACCCCGCAGCUCCAGCUCCCCAGCUGCUGCAGCCCCACGCCAGUGCCUCUGCCAGGCAUGGGGGGACGUCGCUGCCGCCGGCGGCUGAGCAGCACCGCAAGUGCCAACGGGAGGCGAGUGGCAGGCAAGGCGCAGCCGGUCCCCCAGCAGAACCCCCGCCCCGCUGCGGGCUCCCUCCUACCUCCUCGUGGCCUUGCACGCGGGAUAAGCUGUAUCUCCCCGUCGUGCCCUUCCCCUGCCAGUCCCCUAUAGCACCGAGAUCAGGUAGAGCCUUUCCCAGGGGCCUUU